AUGCUCGUGAAGGCCCUGGUCUUUCCUCACUUUGACUACUGCUCGGCAUUAUUUCUGGACAUGUCUGAAGAGCAGAUGGACAGGAUGUCCAGAUGCAUGAAUGCUGCAGUGCGCUUUUUUACUGGACGAAAGAGAUGGGAGCAUAUAGCACCUGACUAUAUCAGCAAUAACAUCCUUAAAUAUCGAUCCAGGAUCAAAUACACCUGCGUCUCCCUUAUCGCCGCUGUCUUGAGGUCCGUGGAGCCGGAGUAUCUGACGCGCAGUCUUGUGCUUCACUCGGCUGUGGCGGAGAGAGAGACGCGGACGGAUGGUCUCUGCUUGUCUGUAUCUAGCGCGGCGACGACCCGUGGGCAGAUGUCCUUCGCCAUUGGAGGGGCCCGGCUCUGGAACUCGCUGCCGUUGGGACUCCGUGAAGGGUUUCAGCGGCAUGGUUUUGUUGCCGGCCUUCGUAGGUACUUGCUGGACCUCCAGAGUGGCAGUUAG